CUUUCCGCAUUGUCAUCUCGACACGACAGGCGAACGAGGGAAUCAUUUUCCUUGAAAAUCUGUAAAUUUAAGGAAUCCAAUUUCCACUUUUUAGAAUGUCUCGAGGUUCAAGUGCAGGGUUUGACCGUUUCAUUACAGUCUUUUCACCAGAAGGAAGGUUAUAUCAAGUUGAGUAUGCCUUUAAAGCAAUUAACCAGGGAGGUAUGACCUCAGUUGCCAUCAAAGGAGCUGAUUGUGCUGUAGCAGUAACCCAGAAGAAAGUCCCGGACAAGCUUCUUGAUUCAGAUACAGUCACCCACAUGUUUCGGAUCACAGAGCAUAUUGGAUGCGUUAUGACAGGCCUUAUAGCUGACAGCAGGUCUCAAGUUCUCCGAGCUCGCUAUGAAGCAGCAAACUUCAAAUACAAGUUUGGUUAUGAGAUCCCAGUGGAGAUGUUGUGCAAACGAAUCGCAGAUAUUUCCCAAGUGUACACACAGAAUGCUCAGAUGAGACCGCUUGGUUGUAGUAUGAUUCUGCUCGGCUGGGACGAUGAGGUCGGACCUCAGGUUUACAAGACUGAUCCAGCCGGCUACUACUGCGGCUUCAAAGCAACCAGCGUAGGUGUCAAACAGACAGAAGCAAACAGCUUCCUGGAGAAGAAGAUCAAGAAGAAGCUGGACUGGACAUAUGAUCAGACAGUGGAGACUGCCAUUAAAUGUUUGUCGUCAGUCAUAUCAGCAGAUUUCAAACCAUCAGAAAUUGAGGUGGCUGUAGUCAGUCGGGAUGACCAUCGAUAUAGGACAUUAUCAGACGCUGAGAUCGAUGUCCACUUAACAGCACUAGCCGAGAAGGACUGAUGAUGUAGAAUAUUUGUAAGAAAAAAAUACCUGUAAGUCUCCACAGCAAUAGGUGCUUCAGAUGACUAGUUAUCGUCAACAAAUACAUGCCAUCAUUUUCAUAGCCACUCUUUUUGAGGUUGAAUGGGUAGAGUUGCUAAACUUUUUACACACAAUUAUUCAGAUUUCAUUCAUUUCUGUCUGCGUAUGCGGUUAGAAAUGUUUGGACUCUCAUAGAACACGCUGCUUUGGCACGUUUAGCCAGUUCUUAUUUCUUCAAAGUCAACAAAAAACUUGUUGAUUUUGGAUAACGUUUGAGCUGUUUUUUUUUUAAAGAUAACUUAAUUUGUUUCAUGUUUUAACAGAUUCCUUUUGGAAAGGAAGUAAACAACUGUCAAGCUGUAUGGCCUACAUGGCUUGUGAACUGUGGACUUAGUCUCACAGUAUCCUUUGGAAUUUGUGGCACAGGCCAGUUGGGCAAGAGAGUACACCGAUAGUGAUAGGGUUAAACCAUGUCAUUAGUUCAUUUGUUCAUGUUGGUCUCAAAAUGUGAAUACCCUGUCUGUUUUAUUCUGUUUUAUUGAAGGGUUAUUAUUUUCCUAACUAGGAAUAGAACGUUGUGAAGAAUCACGGAAGACAAUAUACAGAGCUUUUUGACAGAGUACCACAUGAUGUCAUUGUAUUCAGUUCUUUUAGCUAAGGGAAACAAAUUGGUCAAAGAACAUUUGCUUCAAAUUGUACACUCAAAUAAAACACACCCUUAUUUGUUUGUUUAAAUAAUUGGCAUGAAACUAUGCGAUUAAGUCCACCUUGGAACUGUACUGAAUUCCGUUUAGACUACAGAAACAGUAAACUUUUUACACAUAAAUCUUCAGUUGAGAAUAACAAUAUGGUCAGUGUAUGUGUCACCAUCUUUGUCGUUUAUUUUCUUUGAUAAAGUUUUGGUUAAUUAAUUCACAUGUUAUGAAUAAAACUGUCUGGAAAAUGUA